UUGGAAUAUGAUAGUGUUCGGAGAUUGCGAGAACGAAAUCCCUACCCAGAGAGCUAAUUAAAAGUUGUAUAUACUCCAUAUUAAUACUAUAUCUGUGCUUGCCGGAGAUGUUUAAUGCGGUGAGGUUGCAGGCCUCGAAUCCAGUCGCGCUUCGUUCUAGCUCCGGCGGAAAUGGCGGCAUUGUUUCCUCUCCUAGCCGGCUGACUCUCCGGCUUCCCGCUCCCCGCCGCUUCGCUUCUUUCACUCUUCUCUCCGUCGACAAUGCUACGUCGGAGCCCUCAGCCGCCUCGCAACUCACUGCCGCCGUCGGAUCUCCGCCUCAGCUAACCCUCUCUCACCGCCACAUUCAAUUCCUUAGUCUCACCGCCUGCGCCACAGCAGUUUCUGCAACAUGGCUUUUCUGCGCUGCAAUUCCAGCCCUACUGGCCUUCAAGAGAGCUGCGGAGUCACUGGAGAAGCUAAUGGACGCCACGAGGGAAGAGCUGCCCGACACCAUGGCUGCUGUUCGAUUAUCUGGGAUGGAGAUCAGCGACUUGACAAUGGAGCUCAGUGACCUUGGUCAAGGGCUAACGCAGGGGGUUAGAAGCUCUACUCGAGCUGUUCGUAUGGCAGAGGAGAGAUGGAGACGGUUGACAAACAUGAAACCAAUAGUAUCUGUGCAGGAGGUCGCCCCAAUGAGAGCCCAGAUAGGCGAGCCGGCUCUAGCUAGAACUGCACGGAGAAUGAGGGAAGGCAUUGUUAAAGGCCGUGGAGUUGUACAGAUGCUCUUUACCCUAACCCGGUAUUCUAAAAUGCUCCUUAACUACUUCACUUCUCGUUCGAAGGCCUAAUCCAUGCUCUGGUAUAAUAUGAAUUUGAGGCCAAUCCUCUGUACAUACUCUCUGAUUGGGUAGAGUUUUUGGAGCUUUAACAAAGGAGGCUAGGCACAGUAGAGAACUAGUAUUUUACUUGGUUGUAUAUGUGUUUUGUUAAGCCUUACAGUUGUGAAAUUUCUGUUUUUGUUA